AUGACCAUCCCUGUUCACUGUUUCAUGUGCGGCAAGAUUGUCAGCAACACGUGGGAGGCCUACCUGGGGCUGCUGCAGGCCAAGUACACCGAGGAGGAUGCUCUGGAUGCACUGGGCCUGAAACAGUACUGCUGCCGCCACAUGCUGCUGGCCUACAUGGACCUGAUCGAGAAGCUGCUCAACUAUGCACCCCUGGAGAAGUGACUGUGCAGCCAACAGGCAGCGUUUAGCCCAGAGAUCUUCCCCUGAGGUGUGGGGAGGUGGAGGCCUGCCUGCCUUCCCACAGCCCUGUCCUCAUGUCUUCCUCUCUGGAAAGAAAUAUCCAAUAAAUGCU